AUUUUUUUAUGAAAGAAGAAAAAAAAAACAUUACACAAAUCACACACCAAAAAUUUAAUUAUUUCCAUUUUUGUGUUAAAUUGUCAAAUCAUCAUCAUUGUUGCAGGACAAAUAUCCAUUAAGGAUUAUUUAAUAAUAUGUAUUCACUGCUCGUGCUGUCGAUAAACACUUAUACUGUGGUUUUUUAAUGCAAAUGGUUUGAGCCAAGUUGCAAAUAUGUUCUCCGAAGAGCACAAUCGAUAUGUUUUGUUGCAAAGGGAUAUCAGAAAUCCCUGGCUUUGUGACAAAAAAACAGUAGCUUUGCUAGGAUGCCUAAUGCUACCAGUUACCUUUUUCUGUGCCACUUACGUCAUACUUUUUGGUAUCUGUGAUGAACUGGGUUAUCCUAGGCCACAAUUUGAUGGAUUCAAUGCAAUUGAAAUCUUGGAAAGGAACCAACUGAGAGCCGAAUUGUACAGCAAUACUCAUGCUCAUGGAAAUUACUCGGAAAUUCCCGAGGAAAUUCCAAAAGAUAUACAUAUCCACCAUGCAGAUUAUACCCCAGAAAAAUUAAAACUAAUCUGCUAUUAUAAUUUUCCAAGCAACGAUUUUUCUCUGAAAAUCAAUGAAAUCGACCCUAAUUUAUGCACUCACUUGAAUUUAGCUUUUGCCAGUGUGGUAAACCACAGUAUUUAUCUGGAUGAAGAACAUUUGGGUUAUUUGACAAAUAUAAUUCCAUUGAAAGAAAAAAAUCAAUAUCUAAAAAUUUUAUUAUCAAUUGGGGGUGCUGGAAAUAAUAAUGGAUAUCCGGAAAUGGUUAAAAAUCAUACCAAUAGAAAAACAUUCAUACAAUCAGUAUUAAAUUAUGUGAAAGAUUACAAAAUUGAUGGUGUAGACUUGGAUUGGGAAUUCCCAGGUGAAAAUUCUGCUGAUCAUUAUCAAAAAAUGCAUUUCACCCAACUUUUAUCAGAAAUUCGAAAAACUAUUAAUAAACAGCCAAAGUACAAAUUCCUGCUAACAGUUGCGGUGGCUGCUCCUAAUGAAAUAAUUGAUGUAGCCUACGAUGUUUCCUACAUGAAUGAGUAUGUUGAUUUUAUCAAUUUGAUGUCUUACGACUAUCACUAUUACACAAAAAUUACCCCAUUUACUGGCAUAAACUCGCCCCUAUAUCAGGCAUCAAAUGAAAAAUUUUACUUGUCAACACUGAAUAUAAACUAUUCUAGUCAUUAUUGGAACUAUUUGGGUAUGGACAAGAGCAAAAUUGUGGUUGGACUGCCAACCUAUGGCCAUACAUUCAAAUUAACAAAUUCCGAAAAUCACGGAUUGUAUGCCCCAGCCUUGGGUUUUGGCCACCUGGGCAGUCUGGGUUUUGCCUCCUACUCAACGAUUUGUACAUUCCUUCAAGGAAAUCACAUUUCUCCAAUAUUUGACAUGGACACUUUCAGCCCCUAUGCUGUAAAGUACUAUGAAUGGAUCUCAUUUGAUGAUCAACAAAGCCUCACGUAUAAAGCCGAAUAUAUCAAAAGUAAUAAUUUUGGAGGUGCCAUGGUUUAUAGCCUAAAUGCAGAUGAUUAUAAAGGGGAUUGUGACAUGGGAACGUCGAGUGGCAUUAAGUUUCCACUCAUUACGGCCAUUAAAAAUGUGUUUGAUGGUUAAUUGAUUUUUCAAUCAUUUUGAUUGAAAAUUAUAUACAGGGUGUUUUAGAAUAAGGCUAUGUGUGUUAAACUUGAACAUGCUGUAAAUCUAUAAAGUGAUUGUGAUCCGUUUUAAAUUUAUAUGGUCUGAUUUAUGCUAGAUUUAGAUCGAUAUAAGUAAUGUCUGAAAAGUAUUGCUAAACAAAUAAAGAUAACGAUAGCUCUUAUGAUAAUAAUAUUUAAGCAGUCUUCAAAAAAUUUAGUGAAUAUAUUUAAACUGGAAGAUUAUUUAAAUAUGGUACGUAUAGUGUGUUGGGAAUGUUUUUCUCGUUUUCAAAAAGUACUUAUGACUGGACAAGCAUUCUCAGAAAAGUUUUAUUGUAACUACCGAUUGUAAUUUCUGACAGUGAGGUCACAGAAUUGGCCAGUGGAGGACUGUCCCUUAAUAUAUGCUUUUGAUUGCUUUUCUAUCAAGAAAUUUCUUCAUCGUUCUAGAAAGAAGUAAAUAAGUACUGGUUCUACUUUUUAAAUUAUCCAAAGAGAAAAUAGGAAAACAUUCCCAUCUUACCUAAAUGUUAAAAAAAACUAAUAUUUUUGUAGAUGAAAACUAAAUUCACUACUUGUGCGUAGGUGUGUAUGUAUUAUCAAAUAAUAAUCACCUAAAUAAUAAAACAGUUACCAAUUCUAGUUAAGUAUUUUUCAUAUUCGAGGCCUAACAAAAUUUUGUUGAAAAAAAAAAAUAAGACUUAUUUUUCAGUCUGUACUUUAUAACGACACUGUGAUAUAAAUUCUUAUUAUAGAAUAGGAUUGACACAAUUAGUGAAUUAGGUAUUUAGGUGUGGUGUAUAGAUAAACUGUUAUAUUUGAAAUUUAAUUCUUAUUGUUCCAAAAAAAAGUAUUUGAACCGUUGAUGUGGUAUGUACCUACUUACUGUAAUAAAAUAUUUAACGCAUUAAUUUCCAAUAAUCUUAAGUUUCAAAAUAUGUAUUUACUGGAUUUUAUUAAAAAUAAAAUGGAAUUUCGGAAAAAGUAGCAAGG